AUGACCCAACCGGCUUCAACGGCAACGCUGUCACCAACGCCGUCAGCGGCAUCAAUGGCAGUUUUGUCUCCACCAAGUUCGCGUUACGCGUUUGAACCACGUGAUGAUAAUGUGACGUCGCCUUUGCUGACAGGAAGCACGUUUUCUGCAGGAAACGGCAACGGCCAUCCAAUGACACCAACCAGUGGCACGCUCAAUUCCAGCACGGAAUUCUACCACAAUGGCAAUUCACACUGGUCUCAGCCGUCUUCCAAUAGCAACGCUUCUUUCAACUCGGAUUUGAAUUCCUAUAACAAUUGGAUCAAAGGUCUGAACACGAAUGAGCAAGUGCUUGCGGUGGACCUUCUGCUCAACAGUGUUUCUGAAGAAGCUAUUCAAUACGCUAGGAGCAAACUUAAUGGCAGCACUUUGUUGAGCCCGAGCAUUGCUGCACCCGUUGCCUCACCAACUAUCAAAAUUCACCAGCCACAGGUUCGCGCAGCUUCUCCUAUUCUGGCACUCAACCACGAGCCUUUGACUCUGGACAAUGUUCUCAAUGAUCUCGGGAUCAUGUCCUCAAUCAACAACGAUGUUGGAAAGGCCUGGAGCUCAAGUUUUGACUCGAUGAGACCGCGGUCGGCGGGACCACUUGACUUCACUGAGAGUUACUCUUUGAAUGCGCCAGUCCAGCAGCCGAACCGGGUUUUUUCACCAGAUAUGCCACCGUCCCGAGUUGCACCAGUCUCACAGGUGGCCCCGGCUCAACUGCUGCAGCAGCAACAGCAGCAACAGCAGAGCCAAUUUGGAUCAUAUGGGAUGCAAUUCGAUACUGUUGGCCAGCAGAACGCGUACAAACUGAAUGCUCUUUCAACGAUCGCGAUGCGGUCGAAACUGGAUUCGAAACGUGAAGAACGUGGCCGAACAGCUGCGGUGCGGAAUGCGUAUCCUGCUUCGACGUCUUCGUCGCUUCCACCGGCAGCCCGUGUUACUCCCUCUUCACCACCAGCGCGUAAUGCAGGGCCGGCGCAUGUAGCUCCUGUUACACCAAAGGCGAAGCCUCUAGAUAUUUCCAGUCCCAAAAAGGUGUCUCUGCCCAAAGACAUCGCUGAUCCCCAGCUGUUGAACAACAUUCCCGCAUGGCUCAAGGCUUUGCGACUCCACAAGUAUACUGACAACCUGAAGCACUUGACGUGGAAGGAGAUGAUCAAUCUGGACGAGAGUGGACUGGAAGCGCUUGGCGUGGGCACUGUUGGUGCUCGUGGUAAGUUGAUGAAGGCGUUUUCUACGGUCAAGGGAGACGCACAGUAG